GCGAUUUGCGAGACCCUUAACCACCGGGGGGAAAAGCAUCGAUGGGAAGAUAGUGGUGUGCUUUACGCGCAACCUUCCAUUAUCGCCCCAAAAAUACGAUACAGACGAGAAAGCAAAGAAGAAGAAGAAGUGUGUGAGCAAGUGCUUCCUUCCUCUCCCGUUCCCCUCCCCCGACCCCGAUCGAAUCGCUCGUCGAUUUCGAUUUCGCGAGGGGGAAUCAGGGGAUCCAGUUCCAUUGCUCUCUGACUUCUGAUCCUCGGAAGUGUUGUUGUCGCUUCUUCUUCUUUUUUUUCGAAUUUUCUGGACCAAUUAAGUCCCGAUUUUCGAAGAACGGGAGAGGAGGGUCUCCUCCAAUUCCCAUGCUCCGAGGCCUCGAGAUCCGAGUUUGAGGUCGUUUCUGCGAGCUCGCCGCCGGUGAUCUGCGCGAGAGCAUGGGCAACACGGGUAGCAACGGUGGAGGAGGCGCCCCUGGUCACCGCCGUCGGGGCUCCGGCCACGGCCACGGCCACCACCACCAGGCGCCGCCGCCUCCCCAGCAGCCGGAGGUUGCCCCGAACCGCUACGUGUUCGCUGCCGCCACGCCUUACCCGCCACAGUACCCCAACCCCAACCCGCCGCAGUACUACCCGCAAUACGGGAACUAUUACCCGCCGCCGCCGCCGUCCGUGCAGGUGCCCCUCCCGGCGCCCUACGACCACCACCACAGGGGCGCUGCGCCGCCACCCAACGCUGCCGCCGGUGAGUUCCCGCCCUCGGUCCACUCCCACCACUACCCCGGGUGGGCUGGACGGUACCCCUACGGACUCCAACCGCCUAUGCCCACGCCGUACGUCGAGCACCAGAAGGCAGUUACCAUCCGGAACGACGUCAACCUCAAGAAGGAGACUCUUCGGAUUGAGCCUGAUGAAGGGUGUCCCGGCCGCUUCCUCGUUGCCUUCACCUUCGACGCCACCGUCGCCGGAAGCAUGAUUGUCUACUUCUUUGCAAAGGAAGAGCUCAACUGCAACCUAACAGCAGUGAAAGCAGACUUGAUUAAGCCUGUUACCGUUAGCUUCAAAGAGGGUCUUGGCCAGAAGUUCAGGCAACCUUCAGGGACAGGAAUUGAUUUCUCAGCGUUCGAAGACUCUGAGUUGUUGAAACAGGGGGGCAUGGAAGUAUAUCCGCUUGCAGUUAAAGCUGAAACAAUAUUGUCAGUUGAUCCACCAUCAGAAGGGGGAGACCAGAAGAUAAAAACUCCAAACUCACAGAUCACACAGGCUGUGUUUGAAAAGAAAGAAAGUGGGGACUAUCAAGUAAGAGUUGUCAGUCAGAUCCUUUGGGUAAAUGGAACUAGGUAUGAAUUGCAGGAAAUAUAUGGAAUAGGAAACUCUGUGGAAGGGGAUGGUGAUGCAAAUGAUCCUGGGAAAGAAUGUGUUAUCUGCCUCUCGGAGCCAAGGGAUACUACUGUCCUUCCAUGUAGGCAUAUGUGCAUGUGCAGUGAGUGUGCCAAGGUGCUGAGGUACCAGACCACCCGGUGCCCCAUCUGUCGUCAGCCUGUUGAGCGGUUGCUCGAGAUCAAAGUGAACAAUAAAUCUGAAGAGCAGCUUCAGCAGCCGUCCCAAUCGCCUCCGCUACCUCCACCCCCUUCUCUACAUCAGGAAGAAGUGUAGCUGCAACCAAUCUCAGGACAGCGCAAAACAUUAUAUGCUUCUAGAUUGCGGCCUUCAGGCCUUCCCCUUCAGGGUGCUCACUCGUUUGAGCAUAUGGGAUGUAAAACUUGCCUCGGUUACCUGUAGUGUAUGUAAGCAUGUUGAAGCUUCUGGCAUCAUCAUGUGGCUUGCUGACUCCCGUGGGGGGUCUGGCGGAUGCCAAGAUGGGUGGGUGUAAAACAUCUGAUACAUUCAUGCGUGUACUGUUGAAUAUCUGAAGAAGUGCAGCAGGAGGGCGUGCCUCAUGCCUAUUUGGUUUCCUCCACCAGGGGAGGAGAAAAAGAGGAACAGAAGGAGACCCCAGAUUUGUACAAAGUUUGAUGAUUCCUAUGAUAUCAUAUUUUACCGUGAUGGUGAUACCUUACU